AGCUCAACAACACAAACUUAACGUUGGGAAUUUUACAGGUUUUUGCCAAAUUAAGUAAUAAAACGUUAAAUGAAUAAAACUUGCAUGUUUUUUAAACAGGGUCACGUCUACAGUACAAGUCUGUCCUUUUUACAAACGAAGCAUUAACUUUUAUAAGAGUCAUGAUUUCUGUUUAUUCUGAGGGUAAAAACUCUUCCUCGUGUUUUUAAAGAACAUUAUAAACAGCGACAUGUCGCCCCCACGUGGACAAACAUGGCGUUACAACUGAAAUAAGUUAAGUUUCGGUUUUCAAUCAGCUGAAAUGAUACAGAACUCUACCCCCGCCCACGAACCGAGCCGUCUGUAGCUAACAGCUGUUUUCUGUUCUUCUCUGCUGAAAGGAGACGCCAAAACAGCGGGGRAAAGAUGGAGACCAUCGUCUUGAAGUACAUCUGCGACAAACGAGGAGCAGCCGAUGCAAACGAAUUAAUAUGCAACCUCUUCCCGGGCAAGUCCACGAACGAUGUCCUCACCAACCAGGACAAGUUUGUCUUGUGUCACUCCAGCGGACAGGAGAGAGUUGUGGCCAGGACCAGUUUGAGGAUCUGUAGAACCAGAGGCUGUCCGGGCUCAUGUCGAGGGCUGCACCUCUGUAAGGGCUUCCUCCUCAGCGGCGUCUGUCACGUCCUCCUGCAGGGAGGAACCUGCCGUUUGACCCACAAUCUGAAUUCUGAACACAACCUGCGGGUCCUGAGUGAGCAUGGGCUGGAUAAUCUGAGCAGACAGGAGCUGUGUACUCUUCUGCUGCAGAAUGACAACACACUCCUGCCUGCUUUAUGUCACGACUACAAUAAUGGCGUUGGGCCGUUCGGGCGAUGUCAGAAGGCUUCAGCCUGUGACAGACUUCACAUCUGUGAGAAGUACCUGAGCCGAGACUGUGGCUGCAACAAGACCCACGACUUUUACGCCAGCCAGCCGAUGAAGAGCCUGCAGAAUAAAGGGGUUCCCGACACCUUCGUUCCCUCGUUGAGAGAGAUUUAUGCAAAUAAAGAAGCCCUGAGGUUCUUCGAGAGAAGAAGCGAUCGUAGCUCCAACGAUUCAGACGCAAGAAGUGACGGUUUGAGUUCGAACCAGGGGCAGGGGUACAGAGGGAGGGGGAGAGGUGGCAACAGGGGCUUUAGAGGCAGCAGGGGCAACGCGGGAAGACCAGCACAGCAACAUCGGACCUCUUCUCUUAGUGACAUCGUGAGCAGCUUUGAAUUCGUCAGCCUGAACGGAGAAGUGGGUCCGGAUCAGAAAAGUGAGCUCAACUCGUCCAACAGCGACAUCUCUUCUGCCGGCGACAAUGGUUGGAGCUCAGACCAGAGGCAGUGGUACCGAGGGAGAGGGGGAGCGGGGUACCGGGGCAACAGAGGCCGAAGGGGCAGCGCAGAAACCCCCCGAAGAAUCCCUUCCCUCCUCGAUGACUUGGCUCUGUUCGCUGGGGACCGGCUGAAAAAAGACGAGGAAGAACUCGACUGUCCCAGCAGCGACGUCUUCACAGCUGGAGAUGACUCCGACACGAGCGGCGGUCAGGGCAGGAACAGGAAACAGUCUUCAGCCGUCGGAGGAGGAGGAGGAGGAGUAGGAGGAGGAGGAGGAGGAAGAGGGGACACUCAGCGGACCCCCAGAAACCGCUCCACCAACGAGAACUGUGCUGCUGCCGGGGCCAGGAACGAGCCGAACAGAAGACAAAGAGAUAAAACUGAGAUAUGCAUGUACUUCAUUAAAGGCUUCUGUAAGCACGAGGAGCGAUGCUUCAAAGCUCAUGAGAAGCUGCCGUACAGUUGGCAGGUCCAGGAAGGUGACCAGUGGAAGAACCUGCCUACAAACGAGAUGAUUGAGAAGGACUACUGUGACCCCAGUAAAACCUGCAGCAGCGACAGACCACCUGUGCACUUUGACACGAUGACCCGUGGAUCAGACAAAGUCAGGAGACUCUCAACUGUGAACUCUUUGGUGGAGCCGGACUUCAUCCACACCACCGAGUGGCUCUGGUACUGGCAGGACGACGACGGGAAGUGGCAUCUGUACGGUGCAGACAGCGGUACACACAGAUUGUCUGACGUCAACAGUGCCAUGUUGGAGCAGAAGUUUCUGGACAAGGAGGACGUGGUGGAGUUCACCGCCGGCCAUCAGACCUACUCACUUAGCAUACGAGACAUGAUCCAAACAAACAAACGCUACUCAACAAAGAGGCUGGUCAGCAGACGACCUCGCUUCGUCUCCUCUGAAGACGCCAAGAAAGUCAAAAAGACCCCGAACUUCAGCGCGGUGCCGGACUGCUGGGACAGAACACAGAUCCCUCAAACAGGAUACUCGAAAGUCGCCGUGCCGCGAACUUCAGAUGAAUUUAAAAAGCUCCAAGCUCUUUUCACCUCAACCCUGCGAGCCGUCGAGAUCAUUCAGAUUGAGAGGAUUCAAAACAGAGCGCUCUGGGAAGUCUUUCAGUGGCAGAAGAAAGUGAUGAAGACCAAGAACGGUGGAGCUGACGUGACAGAAAAACAACUCUUCCACGGGACGGACUCCAAACACGUGAACGCCAUCUGCCUCAACAACUUCGACUGGAGGAUCUGCGGGACUCACGGGACCGCCUUUGGUAAAGGUUCUUACUUUGCACGGGAUGCCAAAUACUCCAACAGUUACACUGAUAACACCGACAUCCGAAACAUGUUCAUCGCCAGGGUGCUGCUGGGGAGCUACACCAAAGGGGCGUCCGAAUACGUCCGGCCUCCGUCCAAGGACGGCGGAGACGUAAACUUCUACGACAGCUGCGUGAACGACGUCGCCAACCCCUCCGUGUUCGUGGUGUUUGAGAAGCACCAGAUCUAUCCUGAGUACCUGGUGCAGUACAAAAACGCUGAUCUGCUCGUCGACACGGUCAGCGUUGCGUCGGUACCGAAACCGAGGAUAAAUUCAGUGCUUAAAAAUAGCACCGUCACCGKUUCGCCAUCCAUCAAGUCGAAUAACUACCAACCUGGUGUUUCAUCUUACCAAUCCAGCACAUCUUCAUAUAAACCUAGCAUUUCAGCGUACCAACCCAGUACUUCGGCGUACCAAUCCAGUACAUCAGCAUACCAAUCCAGUACAUCAGCAUACCAAUCCAGUACAUCACCAUACCAACCCAGUACAUCAGCGUACAAAUCCAGUACAUCAGCAUACCAAUCCAGUACAUCGGCAUACCAACCCAGUACAUCAGCGUACAAAUCCAGUACUUCGGCGUACCAAUCCAGUACAUCGUUGUAUCAACCAAGCCCGUUGUCAUAUAAUUCUCGCACAUCAUCAAUGCAAUCGUCUAAUGCCAGUACGACCUCUUCCUUGUUUCAAACCAGCACAAAUGCCCAGUCUACCAAUUCAUCUCUUGCAUUUUCGACACCCAAAGCUCCACCAAAGAAGCCUGAUACCUGUGUCAUUUCCUAAUUAGGAAGCUAAAAUGCAUCAGGGUGAACAUCCAUAGCUAAGGUCGCAGUAGCAGAUUUAGCUUCUUUAGGAUUUUAGAUUUAUUUUUUAUAUUUUUUCAUUAGCACAAUCUGAAAAUGAGCCUUCAGAGAAAGAGUUUGGAAAAAAAAUCUUGUAUCUUAAAUCUUUUCUUGCAAGUUUGAGCUAUUAUUGAAUUAUCUUCGGUCGUUUCGUCCACAUAAAAACAAAUCAACAACUAUUUACAACACUAAACUUCUAAGAUGUCCCUUUAUGGUCAGUCGACCUAGUUCGUCAGGUUUCAGAGUGUGGUACUUGUUAUCUAUGGUACGGCAAUCAAUUCACCACUGUUUUAAACUCUAGAUUUAUUUAGGAACCCAUGGAAAGUUUCCAACUUAAAAAAAUCCCUGGAGUUUUGGGACCCAACUGCCACAAAUGUCUGAAGAAAGGGGAUUUAAAACCCAAAAUACUUAAAGUCAUUCAUGUGUUGAACUGACGAUGACUCAUGGAGAAUCUUUAGCUCGUAUAGUGAUAUCACUACUGACGACGGGUAUUGUAUAUUUAAGGUACUUUCUUUGUUGUGGCCAGUUAUUACUCAGGUUUUAUGUUGAAACCACUCAGAAAAGCAAUCAAUUAAAUUGUCUUGGUGUUUCACAGAAUCCUUAAGCCACGAAGCCUUGAUCGGCAUAUAGACGUACAAUAAUGCACUGUAUCACCGAGGUACAUCGUUGCCCACCGGUAGAUCUUUUAUUGGAUCUACAUAGGUGGAACGGGCCUCGUCAGAUCCAGUUUUAACGCCGUUGUCUCCCGUCUCGACUUCCUAAAGCCGGCGUACAUUUAAAGAACGUAACGGUUGACGAGUCGCGGGUGCAGCGGCGGAACAUCGAACAAGUCUUGAUCGUAAAAGAAAAAGACUCAAGAUGGUUGAUUAUUCAGAUCACACAACAAGUCGGGAUUUAUUUUUCCAAUUUGCUCGAUUUGUGUUGGACUGAACUCAACCAUCUGUUAACGCGACACGUGUGACGUCAUCGGGAAGGAGUCGGACGAAAACUUAACGUCACAAUCGUGAAUCACACGAAGUAUUUCUAAAGCUUACGUAGAAAAUACAAAUAAAACUUUACGUUUAGAGGUUCUGAAGAGUAGUUUGUGUCGCACAGAUUAAGACAGCAAAACUAUUCAGAUGUAAACGGCGAUAACAUGAAGAAGAUAAAAGGACAAACUUUGACCUUUUCUUCCACCGGCCACUAGAGGGCGACAAAACCGCUUGUUUUUAACCACAAAUCUACUUUAUAUAAACGAGUUUCUCUUAUGAUUGAUGAUUAUUUUCACGUGAGGUUUAAGUUGAAGGGAAACUAAUCGUUUAAAAAAAACAUAAUUUCAGUUGUUUUUGUUCCAUUUUUUGUCUUUUAACUCGAACCAUUUGUUCCGUUAGCUUCCAUUGAAGCUGCAAUCCUCCUUUAAACAAAAAUCAAAGUGUUAUGAUCUACUUGAAUUGGAGAAUCUAUAAAAAUUGCACUAAAUAGUCCGAUCAGGAUGUAUAUCUACAAAUGUAUUACUGAUUUAUUUUAUUUUUUUCUUGUUUGCACAAUCGUGAAAAUCAGUUCUUGCUGCUUUAAAGGUACGUUACGGUUUAAUUAAAUUAUCCCUUUUAGCCAAAAAUGGACCGGUCCAUAGUUGCUGGUUAGUUUUUUUACAAGAACAGUUUGUGAAUUUUGUGAAUCGGGAUUUGACGGGGUUUUAUCUAGUUCUGUUUUUUAAUCUGAUACCAAAGAUGUGAUUUAUUUUACUCUGUUCUGUCUUUACUAAAUAAAGUUGUUUCAAUGUUAAA